AUGCAUUACAUAAAUUCAGACUGUCGUUUGAAUAAAUAUGUACUGAUGUGCUCUGCGUUUCCUGACUGCCCAAAAACUGGCUCGAAUAUUCGAAACGAGUUGGAAGAUGGCUUAGAAACUAUGGGCGUUUCUCGUGAAGACAUUGCCAAAAUUACGUUUGUCACAGACCAGGACAGUAACAUUGUCAAAGCUCUCGAAGUAUAUCAGCGUCUUCCAUGCAUGGCUCAUAGUAUAAACACAGUCUUGAAACAUGUUCUGAGCGAACAGUUUUUGAAAGAAAAUGUUCCAAAUAUAUUAGCCAUUCUUAAUACAGUGCGGGCUACGGUUUCGUACUUCAAGAGAAGAGGUCUCUGUGUGAGACUGAACUCAUCUUUAAAGCAGUGGGUUUCAACUCGUUGGAAUAGUUAUUUUGACAUGCUUGUAUCAGUCCAUUCUCAGAUUGAUUCAGUGAAGGCUGUUUUACAUAAUGAAGGUGCCUCUGAUAAAAUGCUGGGUUAUGGCCACCAUAUAACUGGCCAGCUUAUAGAAUUUCUUAAGCCGUUUAAAGAAGCCACAGUUGAUCUAGAGAGUGACAAGGAUCCAACCCUACAUUUAGUUCUACCGUGGUUUUAUGCCUUAAAAACUCACUGUACCGUACGGGAUAACGAUGAAGAGGACAUGAAACCUUUGAAACAAGCCGCUGAUGCCUUCCUAGAACAGAAAAUGUGCGUUAGUAUGUUGCAUAAAAUUGCAACGUUUAUGGUGGCUAACUACCGCACAUUAAGAAAGUUAACCGAGGAUGAAAAAAUUGAAGUUUACCAAGCAGCACGACAGAUGUGUGCUGAAGGAAAAUUAAAGGAUGACUUCAAUAAAAUAAAAAGUGAAUCGUUUCAAAACAAAGAAGUACCAUUUGUUUCUUUUAACAGACAAGGCGAUAAGGGCGAGAUGAAGGACCCUAACUGGCAAUUGAUUUCUGAUUUCUAUGUCAAUAAACCAAAGAGGGAGAAAAUUCUAAAAAAUUUGGUGGCAUACUAA